ACUGGAUGGUUUAGAUGGGAGCUCUGGCAUUUGAGUACAGGCACGCAUGCAGCAGUAUUCGAGAGUGGUCUUCUCUUGUUCUCUGGUCAGCAUCCCAGGGCAGUGGAAGACAUAGAAAGGAAGAACAAAACAGGCAAUAAAGUGGGGAAAAUAGAGCAAGGGAUUUAGUUUAGCCUACAGAGAGUUUGAAAAACUGCCUUCGUUUUUUUGUACUUUUGUGAGAUUAUUACUAUCCGUUAACAGCUAUGGCAGAUUCCACCUUGCAGCUGGAGGAGGCAGCGAUGAAGGAGCUGUCAGAUGAUGAAGAAGUGGUUAUUCCUCCCUCCGACGAUGAGGACGAGGUCGCUGAAGCAGCCAAGGAGCUGGAGAAGGAUGACUCGCAGAUGAAUGGGAUGAUGGUGCUGGCACUGCUUGACAAGAUUAUCGGGGCGGUGGACAAGAUCCAGCAGACCCAAACAGGGCUGGAAACCCGGCAGCGAGAGAUGGAUCAGUCGGUGACGGGCAUCCAGAGUGAGCUAGCCAAGCUCUCCAAGAGCCACACCACCACCGCCAACACUGUCAACAAGAUGCUGGAAAAGGUGCGCAAGGUCAGCGUCAACGUCAAGUCGGUGCGGACCAACCUGGAGAAGCAGGCUGGCCAGAUCAAGCGUCUGGAGAGCAAUGAGAACGAACUCCUCAAGAGGCGCAACUUCAAAGUCAUGAUCUACCAGGACGAUAUGAAGAUGCCCUCUAGACUGUCAAUAUCUAAAUCCAUGAAAGUUGCGGACAGUGUGGAGGGUGAAGCAGAGUCAGGGCUGAAGGAGGUGGCAGAGGAAACUGAGGAGGACGGCGAAAAGGCUAACCCCAACCUCUCUUCUGAUGAAGAGGUGGAGAUUGAGGAGAUCAUUGAGGAGUCACGGGCAGAGCGCAUCAAGCGCAGUAGCCUCCAGAGGGUGGACAACAUUAAGAAGGUCUUCUCUAAGGAGAAGAUGGAGAAGACCAGGCAGAAGACCAAGGAAAACCUAGAGAAGACCAAGCAGAAGACCAAGGAGAACCUGGAGAAGACCCGUCAAAGGACCCGAGAGAACCUUGAGAAAACCCGACAAAACAUUGAGAAGAAGAUGGGCAAGCUAAGCACUCGGAUGUCAGUCAACACCGAGCGCAAAGAAAAGCUGAAGUCCUCUCGUGAUAAGAUGAAGAAGUCUUUCACUCCAGACCACACAGUGUAUGCUCGUUCCAAGACAGCCGUUUACAAGGUUCCACCUUUCACCUUCCACGUGAAGAAGAUUCGGGAUGGCGAGGUAGAGGUCCAUGGCACUGAAAUGGUGGAGGUAGCUGGUGAGGAGGAGGAGCCAGGGGAAUCGGGUGAGCUGCAGAUUGAGGACAACCCAGAGCUUCAGGCCCUGAUGGAGAUGGUAGAGGACUCAGAGCUGGCUCUAGCGGAGCAGGAUCAAGACAGAGACAGCGACUAGUUUGGAGGGCUGAGGGUAUGGGAGACGUGGUGAUGAAUAGAAAAAAAUUCAAUGUGACAACACUCUGAACACAAAAGAUAGAUACAGACUAAGCUUGGGCGUAUUUUCAUUAUCAUUGUAGUGUAGUAGUAUCAUUAAUCCAUUAACUCUUUAUACUAAUCUCUCUUUAGUCAUUGCCUAGAUAAGGAAAGAUGUUAGAUUUUAAAAAUGAAUCAACAUCUUUACAGUCGCUUUUCCUAUUUUUUCUUUUUUUUUGUCAAUAUUUUGCAGCUUUGUCACAAGCAUAGUUGCAUCUAUUACACUGUAUGUUUUAUUUUUUAUGUCUUUUUUUAUUUUUGACAAAACUGCAUCUGAUUUCCAUUUCGUUUCACAAUUAAAUACACAGCCUGAACAGCAGAUGUCAGCAUGUUUUUGGAUUCUUGGUGGAAAAAAAGCGUCAGCCUUGAGCUCAUGUAGAAUGCUAACUCAAAGAAGGCUUUAUGGCAAAGAGAAUCUGAAAAAGACUGACUGUUCAAUAAGAUAUGUUUAAGCUGUUAGCAUAGAUGAACAUGAUAAAAAGUUAUCAUCUGAAUUCAUCAUUAAAAUACACAAAGCAGACAAUCUAAUGCAGCAAUUUUUGUCAUCAGUGAGACAUGUAAACACAACUCCAAACAAUGUCAAGACGUGGUUUUAUUUGAAACAAAAAAAUACUUAUUAUACUUAUUAUAAAGGACAAACUGAUCUAAAGUCACAGAUAUACUUUUAAUUUUUAUAUUUUCAAAUGUUUUAUUGACAUUUAUUCAAGAUUACUAAUUAUCUGGAUGACAUUUUUCAAGCAAAGUACAUACAGAAACAUUUAAUAAUAAACAACAAAAGUUCUUGCAUACUUAAGAACCGUUUUAUUUUCUGAGUACAGUGUAUCAUAUAGCCUAAUUUAGCAAUACGUAAAGUGGGGUCACAGAGGAAUUUCUUAAUGAUUUUUAAGAAUUUUAGAAUUCUUGGCUGCCUAAAGGAUUUCACAGAUCUUUAGGAAAGGAUAUUGCUUUUUCUUAUUGAGAAUUGGAAUUAUUUUUGGGGGGAGUUGCUUUCACUCAAAAGCUAUUAAAUGUGAUGUGUGAUGGUAUUUUACUGUAUUAAUAUUGUGUUGCUUUCACUCAUAUAUGUUAAACAAAAUUGCACACUUUUUUCAGAGUACUACAGACUAAUUUUAUACACCACAUACACAAAGGCUAAAUUAAAAUGUGUUGCUACUCUUCAGCUGUAGAAUAUGUCACCACAGAAGUGAUGUGAAAAUCUGUCAUUUACGGAAAAUCACAUCAGCAAUUCCUUAAAAAAGAUUUAUUUCCUCAUUUACUUCUUUUGCUUUCUGAAGAUCAGUCAGAACAGUACAACAAAGGUGUCUUCUAAGUCAUCACAUGCAUAAUGACUCCAGCAGAUGGGAGCAGUGGCUGAAAUUUUGGCAAUGAAAUUGAUUGUGGUAAAGCAGAUAACAUGCUAUGCAAUUAAAAAUGUCUGCAAAAGGAUAACAAUCUUGUGUUUCAUGUUUUCAUGCAUUUAUUUUCUUUAUUUAGGAAAUUUCCAAGUUGUUAUUCCCCUCCCUAUCACUCUAAAGAGCUACUUCACAGUCAGACAGUACUGAAUUCAAAGGCUUUCCCAAGCAAAAAGAGCACAUUGUGAAAAUAUAGAAUGGUAUUCUUUUGGUUUGAUUUUUAUGCAUACAUUUAUAUGUAUGUAGAAUGUGAAUCACCACGAAAGGCCCUUGAACCACACUGUACACUCAAACAGGAGCAGAGUCACUGUGUUUUAUUAGUGCAGUGCUUCUUUGCAGAUUGAGAACUGCCUUUUUACUCUGACUCUGAACCGUAAAUGUGAGGAGAUACCAGCUGGAAGAGCCAGUACCCUAGUGAUUAAUGCUUAGAUGGGGGGUAGGCAACCCAGAGCCUGGACUGCCAGUGUAAAUCUCUGAAAAGAUAGGUAACUUAUUUGGUGUACUUACAUUUUAUUUAUGAUAUGUGUACCAUAAAUUAAAGAACAGUGAAUAAUUUUAAAUACAUUCAGAGCAAGAUUUUAUACUUAGAAUAUUUAAGGUCAUACCUAAGCUGAAUUCUGUAAUUAAUCCAAGAUGAUAGAAAACUUUUCACUGCAUUUAAAAAUUACACUUAUAAUUAGUUUACACAGUUGAUUUAAUUAUCUAUUUAAAAUGAGUGUGAAUCAGGGCCUAAGUGCCACUUGUCUAAAUCAAACUUUUUAUCAUCCAGCCAACAGUGAAAGUUUCCCUAAAGCAGAGAAUGUCUAAGGGUAUUAUGAAUUGCAUAGCCUGAUGCUGUUAUUCAAAUAAACGUUUUAACCUAUUAUUGCAACUGGAUGUUUACUGUAGUUGCAAAAAUAUAACCAGCCAGUAGCAUUUUGUUACAUGUCCAUGUCUCGGGUUACUUUGCUACCUGCCUGCCCAUGUAUACGCCAUCAUUCAUACCUUGUGGCCCACUGUGGAUUACCGUUGAUUUAAAAAAAGUUUUAAGCUUUUAUAUUACCUAAUAACGUAGAAUGCCUGCAAAAACAAAAUAAUAUGUAUUUUCUUUUCACCUUCUUUUCACUCUUUUUUCAGUCAAAAUAGGGUAUAAGAUUCAAUCAUGUUUCUGUGGAUCACAUAAGUUAAAUAGGCUUGUAUACACCAUUUAGCCAAAUAAUGCUUUUUUGCUUUUCUCAUUUUGCUUUCUAAGCCACCGAUAUUUUAAUAAAAGCAACGUGAUUCACCAUG